AUGAUUCUGAUAUUAGAUAGCAAGCCUCAAUUAAAAAAAAUUUAUAUGGUUGAUUUCGCAUAGAAUGAUGCAAAAACAGUGUUUUAAAACUUCGUAAAAACUCAAAAGACCGAGUAUUAGGAUAUGAAUGAAUCUGAUAAUGUGUUUAUUGAAUUGACUAUAAAUGAUGUAACAGAAGAGACUAUUCAUUUAAAAAUAGAUUAAAUUAAAAUUUUGAGUUGCAUAACAAGUUAGAUUCUAUUUCUCUAUCAUAAUUAAAGUACAUUUAAUACAUUUCAAUGUCAAAUUAGAAACAAUCUUUAGGAAUGA